UAUAGUUCGAUAUUGUCCUCUAAGUAUACAGAGACAAUGUUAGAACUUGACCGAGUAACUUCGCUCUUAGAUUAAACAGAUUACUUGGGUAUACCUUUUUGAAGAACUGGGAUCACAACAGAAGUGAAGACUGUUUGCAUCUAACGCACCUUUGUCUUACAUAAUUGAAAUUCUGAAGUUACAUGAUGAAUCUCCUCCGCACGUCCCUGUUCUUGUCAUCCAUCUUGGCGGCGACUGUUGCCUAUACCUUGCCAGGACCAGGAACCACAUGGAACAUGACCGAUGUCUUGCUAGGAAGAUGCGUGGAGUACCGUCAAUGCCUCCACGGGGGUCUCUGUUUCCCUUAUUAUGGCGAUGUCAACUGUGAUGCUGCAGUUGAUUCAUUUCUAGGAGCAUUUCGGGGGAUGGAUCCAUGUUCUGCCUCUUACUAUGCCUAUGAUGACUUUUUUAACAUGGUCCCUCCUAACACCAAACCCGGAACGACAAUUUUUUGGACCGGUGUCAGUGGUGCCUACAUACCCCAUGACGUUGCCGAGGUGAGCCAGGAGUACAUUGUCCUAGGAGAGACCUUUCCCGGAUACAUGGCUUUGAACUUGUCCUUCUGCGGCUCAACUGAUCCCAACGAACCGUCUGGAUUCAACUACACAGUCUGUCCCACCGAAGACACUGACCGCGCUGGGUGCAGCAAUAACACAUUUGCGACCUUCUGGGAUCGUGUUUCCGAGCUGUUUACAAGACAAGCAACAGGUGAAGUUCACCUUGUUUUGAAUGCACAACGAGAUCGAGGAGCGUACCACCUCGAAAGUACAUUCGCCCGCGUAGAAGUACCUGCACUCGAUCCUACCAAGGUCACUAAUGUUGCGAUCUAUCUUAUCCCGGAUUUCACGCUACCGACCCCAAAUGAUAAGGUUCGGGAGACGUGUUCUAAUGGUACUGUGGCAUCACUGAGGGGAGUCUUAACGGACCUGGGUCUCAGCAACACUUGUGAGGAAGAUCCAGAUGACAUUAUGUGGCUCCAGUGUGCUCGAUAUCCAGAUAGCCCGUACUGUAUCCCAUACAGCAGGCAGGAACCAAACACCGGCGGGGGCACCGGGGGCUCAUCGGCCAUUGCGGCCGCAUCAAUGACGGUCCUGUUCCUUCAAGUAGUUUCCACUCUCUUGCUAAGUGGUUGCAAAAUUGAUUGACUGGUUGAAAUCUACAUAUUUUUUUCUUUUAAUUGACAAUAUAGGAAACUAUAGACGGAUAAACAAAUGGACCUGUACAGUAUAUUAAAAAAUAUUAAUAAAAAAGCAAGAGGUGAAAACCCGGAAAGCUCUAAUAUGUUCUCAAGAAGCAUAAUUCGGGACAAGUCAAUUGUUCACGUAUACUUGGAAAAUUACGAAAAUUGGUAAGGGUAUGAAUAAUUUUAUUUUUUAACUGUAUACAAAAAAAAACACACACAAAACAAAUGUUUAUUCUAAAAUAAGGUUUUAACAGGAGAAUGGAUAAUAAAGCAAUGAUGGUCCGUUACUACAGAGAAAUAAAAAUGUGAAAUAUGGGGAACCUAUUAGUAUUAAAAAGCAAAAUGUGUAUGUUAUAGGUUCCCGAAUAAGAUCCAAAUAUUAUAAAUAAAUUCGAUAGCAAUAAAGAAAGACGUAAUGAAAGUUUUAGCCAAUGACACAUUAUCAUUAAUAUGAAUAAAAUGUAAACAAAGAAGAAGUGUUUAAAUAUUACACAUAUUAUAGCCGUUUAUAGAACGUUUAUGUACAUCCCGACUUGGAAUGACUCUGUGUAAAAUCAGUACAAAUAGAUGACCAAGAAUUCGUACAGACCCAUUGUCAAGAGUAUAUACCUGUAGAUGAACGUCAUAUUAUAUUUAAAAAUGAUUAAUAUGUAGCCUUAGCGAGUAUCAUAAAUUGUAUACAUUUAUUAUAGAUAUAAUGUAUACUGCAUGUGUAGAAGGUAUACAUUCGAUCUCUCGAUUUCCUUAUCUCAGUAGUUUAGUAUUACCAUUAUCAUUACAUAUUAGCUAAUAGUAUAUGAACUUACACACUUUAGAAUAUUGAUUUUGUUUAUUAUGCUAGUCUAUAGGAAGUCUGUACAAGCACUAAUUUCAGUAAAGCUCAUGUUUAGGUUUAUUCGCAAUUUAUAUGCGACAUAUAUAAUUUCUUAGCUUUAUUAGAAAUUUAGUUAGUUUUCAGUGGUUUUGUAACAUUUUUAUGAAUGAUCAUGUUGUAAUUAAAUUUCUGAAAUCGAAUUUGAAA